AUGGAUUCAACAAAAGUACCAAGACCGCAGUAUUUGGAAGAUGAUGAUAAUUCUCCUGAAGAGAUCAACGGGCAACAACUACUAGUUAUUUUGGUUUUCUUCUGUAUUUGUUGCAUUGGCAUACUCGUCUACUAUGGCCUUAAAUACUGUCGGCGACACAGUACUCUAUGGUCCAGUAGUCGGGCUUCCAUUGUGGACGGGCUUGAGAUUUACAUAUUUCAAGCCGGGGGAGAUGACAUUGGCUUCGGCGCGAACAGUUGUAGCAUCUGCCUGGAUGACUUCGAAAAUGGAGAAAGUCUUCGGGUAACGGCUUGCCGUCAUCUGUACCACGAAAAUUGCUUAAAGACGUGGGUAGUGAGGGGUUCAAAUGCCACGAGCUGUCCACAAUGCCGGGAAAAUAUCAGUAGAGAAGCUGAUCGAGGAACAUGUAUAACGAGCUGUCUGCAUGCUGUGAGGAUUGACUAG